GACAGAAGUCGCAGUCCUUUCCAUACGAAUGAAUUCGCAUCCUUUCUCAAAUAAAAAAAAAGGAAUUCGCAUCGUUGCCCAAACACAAAUUCACGUUUCUCUGAAGUGAAGUGAAGUGAAGCGCAGCGACGCGAGGAGAGGAAGGAAGUUAUAAUUAUGGCUGCGGAAACUCUACUACUCUCCAACGGCGCCGUCGCCAAUGGAGAUCUGUCCUCUAACCCUAACCCUAACCCCACCAAGAAGUCCCGCGAUACCGAACGACGUCGUCGUCGCCGUAAGCAGAAGAAGAACUCCAUGGCCUCCCAAGCCCCCUCGAGCGACGCUGAUUCCAACGAUCCUCAACAGACAUUUCCGCAAGUUGAAGUGGAGUAUGUCCCAGAGCCUGCUGAGCUUGAUGAUGGAAUGGAUGAAGAAUUUAGAAAGAUUUUUAGCAAAUUCAGUUUCCGUGAAACUACUGCUACUCAGGAUAAUGAUAAUAAGGAUGAGUCUGCCGAAAAUGCAGCCUCAACCAAGAAGGCCGACUCAGACUCAGAAGAGGAAGAACAGGAUAACCCACAAAAAGAGAAAGGCGUGUCAAACAAGAAGAAGAAGCUACAACGGCGGAUGAAGAUUGCUGAACUGAAGCAAAUUUGCUCAAGGCCUGAUGUUGUUGAGGUGUGGGAUGCAACCUCUGCAGACCCAAAGUUGUUGGUGUUUUUGAAAUCAUACAGGAACACUGUGCCUGUCCCAAGGCAUUGGUGUCAGAAACGUAAAUUUUUGCAGGGCAAGCGUGGUAUUGAGAAACAGCCAUUUCAGCUUCCUGAUUUUAUUGCGGCAACAGGAAUUGAGAAAAUCAGACAGGCUUACAUUGAAAAAGAGGACAGUAAGAAGUUGAAGCAGAAGCAACGAGAGCGGAUGCAGCCAAAGAUGGGAAAAAUGGAUAUUGACUAUCAGGUUCUCCAUGAUGCAUUCUUUAAAUACCAAACAAAACCAAAGCUUACAACUCUUGGAGAUUUGUACCAUGAAGGCAAAGAGUUUGAGGUGAAGUUAAGGGAAAUGAAGCCAGGCAUGCUGUCGCAAGAACUAAAAGAAGCCCUUGGAAUGCCAGAGGGUGCUCCUCCCCCGUGGCUCAUCAAUAUGCAGAGAUAUGGUCCUCCACCAUCCUACCCACAUCUGAAAAUUCCUGGGCUUAAUGCUCCUAUCCCGCUUGGAGCUAGCUUUGGUUACCAUCCUGGUGGCUGGGGCAAGCCUCCUGUUGAUGAAUUUGGACGUCCUUUGUAUGGAGAUGUAUUCGGUGUUCAGCAACAAGAACAGCCCAAUUAUGAGGAAGAACCAGUUGAUAAGACCAAGCAUUGGGGUGAUUUGGAGGAAGAGGAAGAGGAAGAAGAGGAAGAGGAAGAGGAAGAACUGAUUGAGGAAGAGGACUUAGAGGCUGGCAUUCAAUCUGUAGAUAGUCUCUCAAGCACUCCUACUGGUGUUGAGACACCUGAUGUUAUCGAUCUUCGAAAGCAGCAGAGAAAGGACACUGAGCGGCCACUUUACCAAGUACUUGAAGAAAAAGAAGAGAAAAUUGCCCCUGGUACUUUGCUUGGAACAACACACACAUAUGUGGUUAACUCUGGCACCCAAGACAAGGCAACUGCCAAAAGGGUUGAUCUUCUUAGAGGUCAGAAAUCAGAUAAGGUGGAUGUAACUCUACAACCAGAAGAGUUGGAAGCCAUGGAGAAUGUUUUGCCGGCUAAGUAUGAGGAAGCAAGGGAGGAAGAGAAGCAGCGGAGUCAGCGGGAGGAUUUCAGUGACAUGGUUGCAGAGAAUGAGAAGAAAAGGAAGCGGAAGAUGCAAGAAAAGGAAGGUAAGUCGAAGAAGAAGGAUUUCAAGUUCUAGGGUGUGUUUGAAUUGUGUUUCUGAGAAGAUGGUUGCUGGGGCUAUCAUGUUUUCCUUGAAGCUGGCAUUAUUUUCCAUGGGGAGUUUAGAAUGUAUCUUAUAAUAUGAGGGUUGACAGCCAUACGUGGUUUACUUGAAGCUGGCAGCAUUUUCCAUGGGAAGUUUAGAAUGUAUCUCCCAUCUGUGUCUUUUUAAACACAGUUGUCUGACAUAUUAUACAUAACCUUUUGAAGUUCUAGUAGUGAGCUGUCUUCAAUGUAUGACAUAUUAUACAUAACCUUUUGACUUUUCCUUUUUGGAUAGAAAGUAACUUAAACUUUAAUAAUUUA